AUAAAUAUUCUUCACAUCAGUUCAGAUUAUAAUUUAGCCCCAGAUAGUUCAGAUUUGCAUGUAUGAAUGAUGGCUGGUUGAUCCUUUUAUUGUUGUUUAAGCAAGACAGGGACACAAUAACAAGCAGACACAGUGUGAAAGUGCUGACGCCUGUUGACCUAAUGCUGUACUGAUGUUUGUGCAUAGAGUCACUUGUUUUUUGCACUACAGCCUCUUGCCUACAUGGAUUUUAAAUUUGGAACAUUUUGGUAUUGUGCAAAUAGUAUGUAGGAUACUAUAUUGUAGAUCUUUCAUGCAGAUAAGUUUCAUUCGCCAAUAGAUAACCAACUGCAAACAUCAUUGAACCAAUAAAGGCAAAACCUUUUGAUGCUAUACCUUAGCUUUAUGUAUGUACAAUUGUGCUUAAAAGAAAGGAAGGAGAUUAUUUCAAAAGAUGUACGCAUUAAUGCAAAUGAUGAGUAAGCACAUUGUUGUUUUCCCCUAGGGUUACAGUGUAUGUUUUGACAAGGGUAAAGGGCAAAACAUGCCUUUUUCCAGUAUGGCUAUGCCAGCUAAACCAACAAGACAGGGUAUUUUCUAGAACACAACACUUGCUACAUAAUUUCAACACAUCUUAUUCAAUUGUCGUACAUGGUAUGAAUAAUUAAUUAUUAUCCCUCCUCUAAAGACGUUCCCAAGAGGAAAUUUGUGCCACCAAUGGAAAAAGAUGAGCAUAAUUGCAACCCUGGGCAGCUUUAUGCCAAGCUGCUUGAUGAAUUUGAGAAAAUUAAGUGUUGGAAGGUCAAAGCUGACUCAGACACUGUGCAGAAGGAAAGGAGACUCCAAGAAAACAAAAGAACAAUGGAAACUCAGCGCAAAACCAUUCUAGAAUUGCAGUUUGCAAAUGAAAGUAUUAGCACAAAGCUGGAGGAACAGACGAGUGAAAAUGAGGAUUUGAGGAACAAAGACAACGCAACCAGGAAUUUGUGUAAUAUACUCAAACAUACCUUUCAGCGGUCUGCUGAGAAAAUGCAUCUAUUUGAAUCUGAGAGAGAGGAAACACAUCACCUUUUUAUGGAAAACAGUGAGCGUAUACAGAAAAUAGUUGCAGUAUUUGAAAGCCUUCGAAUUCAAGUAGAAACCGACCAACAAGAAAUGCGGAAAGUAAACGAGGGCCUUCUCCAAUUUGAAGAAAUGAAAGACAAAUAUUGUGCAGAAUAUAAGCUGAAGGAGGAAGAGGUUGCAGGGCUUCAAACAAAACUUGAGAGAAAAGAAAAUGAACUUCAGAAAAUCCAUCUUGACCUCCAUGAAACCCAAAAGCAUUGCAAACAACUCCAAUAUGAAACAGAUCAACAAUAUAAACUUCUCAAAAGCUCAGAAUCUGAUCGGGAAACUCUUCUUCAGAAACUGCACACCGCUGAGCAUGACUAUGAGAAAACUCAGAAAAAAUAUGAAGCCAGUGCUACAGCCAUGGAACAGAGAAAAGCAGAAUAUGCACAGAUCCUCCAAAGCAAGGAUUUAAGCUUGCAAGAGCUCAACAAAUUAAAAAAUCAACAAGCAGAGAAGCAGGAGCAGUUUCAGACAACCAUUAAAGAGCUACAGAAUGCAUUGGCUUUGGAGAUACAAAGGUCUAGAGAAACUAAUGGUGAAUUAAUGGCGAACAUCAAGGAACUUGAAAGGACAAACACCCUUUUAUGUGAGACCAUGGAGCAGAGUACAAACAAGGAUGGGCACAUCAAAACACUUGAAGAUGAGCUGGACAUAAAAUCAAAAUCCAUUGAGUCUCUGAAGGGUAAGAUCCAUGAAAGUGAAGUUAUAGUGAAGGAACUAACAGCCAUGCUUUUGAAGAAAACAAAAGAAGCAGAGAUUGCCUUAAGUGAAAAUGAUCUAAUGAAGAAGGAAUGUGAAGCUGCUGAAAAGGCACAAGAAGAUUUGAAGAAGUUUGCUGUGGCUGAGAUCAAAAUGCAGGAGCUUGAGGAACAGUUGUUGACUGAAAUAAAGAAAAAUCAAGAAGAAGAGGAGCAUUUGAGGAGAGACAUCACAUUGCAUGAAGUAAAAUAUGAAGAGCUCUUGUCCAGCUUUAAUGAGCUUCUGUCUGAGAAGAUGGCCCUUCAACAGCAAUUGGACAGUGGAUCCUCUAAUGUGAAAGAAACUGAGGCAAAUAUGAAGGCAAGUGAGGAGAAGACUGUGAAGCUCACAAGAGAAAUUCAAAGAUUUGAAGAAGAAAACCAAAGCUUGAGGAAGGAAGUAAACUCUCUCAAAACCCAAGUCCAAGGGAAAUGUCAAAAAACUGAGACACUGGAAAAGAAAUUGGGAGAAAAUUGUGAACAUCUGCAGGAGAAAAUUACAGAAAAGGAAAAACAAAUCAAAACAAUGGAAACAAAGGUGAACAAUCUCAGGAAGAAAAUUGAGAAUAAACUUAAAGUCCAGGAGGAAUACCAAAAAGAGAAUAAAAUGCUAAAGAAACAAAUAGCAAAUGCAGCUGCAACAACCAAACAUCUUGAAAAUCAGAUCAGCAGUCUUCAGGAUGAGUCCCAUAACCUUAGAAGACUCCAUGAAGAGGAACAGCAGAAACUCCUUAAGGAUCUUGAACAUAAAAUGAGCUCUGCAAUAGAACUUGACAAUGAGGUACAAAAGCUCAGGUUAACAGCAGUGGAGGCCAUUAAGAACAGGGAAGAUGUAGAACUCAAGUGUCAACACAAGAUUGCAGAUAUGGUCACACUCAUGGAGAAACAUAAGAGCCAAUGUGACCGAAUGGUUGAAGAAAAGGAUGCAGAGCUGGAUAAAAACAAGAAGAAAGAGAUGGAGGCUGUUGCCCAAAGUAAAUCACUGGGGCUGGAUCUCUUAAAGCAUCAGACUGAAAAUUAUCAGCUGAAGAAACAGCUGAAGUCAGAAAGAAAACAGACGGAAAACCUACAGAAGGAGCUAACUUGUUUGAAGAAAGAGGUGUCAUUGAUAAAAAUCAACCAGCUGUCAGACGCACGAAGCAAGCAGUCACCUGCUUCAAACGUUAAAAGAGGAAGAAGGUGUUCAGAGACUCCAAAAGCGAGUGCUGCAAAGACACAUGUGUUUGACUUCACCAUGAGCAGGAAUACACCCACCUACAACAGAGAUGGUGGAAAUGCUGCACUUUCAAAGAGUAUGAUGAGCCCAAAGGACAUUGGGAAUGAUGACGCAAGACCUCAUAGACGUUUGAGCCAGGACAGGACCUCAAAGAUCAGGUCCUACAGAAUAAGAACACCACCCUCUGGUGAAAAAGCAGCACUUUUGGGCAAGGUCACCGUUGAGCUCGACCCCAAGUCUGACAGCUCAGAUCAAAAUGAUCUCUUGACCUUUGCAAAUAUAUCUGCUGUUCCAUCCUGCAAACUCAACAUCUCCCAAAAGAGCCCCAUCACUCACAAAUCACCGGGGAACCUCUUGAAGUUGGCUGCAAUGAAACGUAUGAGAGAUGCUGGUUGGACUGCAGUCACUGGCCGUGACAAGAAAAAGAGGAAAAACAACGAGACAGUCUUUGCUUAAGUGUAGUCCUGUUACUGGUCAGAUAUAUAGUAUUAACGAUAUAUAUUACAUUGGUUUAAGAGUUCAUAUUCCAAUGGUCUUCAUAUGCAUAUAGAUGAUAGUGUUCUGUUAAGGAUUCGAUAGACAAUAUUGAUCUUUAAAGUCAAGUUUAUUUCUAAACAUGCAGAGACAGUACUGUUAUGAAUUAGUUGAACAGUAUUACUAUUGGUAUUGUAGUGUGUGAGCCACCUAUGUUUCUUGAGGCUUUACUGGUGUUCACAAAGUUCAUAUAGUUGGUGGUGAGGGUAUUACUAUUUUACUCUCUUACUAUUACUUAAUAUAUCUUAUCUUAUCUUAUCUUAUAUCUUAAUAUAUCAAUCCAUCCAUCUCUAUGACUGGCAGCGAUGCAAGUGAUAUUAGUAAAAGUUUGUUCAAACUGUU